AUGGCUCCCUGGACGGGAUACCACCAUCCGACAGGAGAAUCGCAAUUCGAACUACAGGAUACCAGUUAUGACUCCGCAAAAGAUGCCCUCAAGCCUACAGUGCAAACGACGACGACAUCCGCAUCGGUUUCAACCUUAGGCGAUAAGCCUCCAGAGAAUGCUACAAGAAGCCGGUUAUGGACUCCGGUAUUUCUGAGGAAAAGCGCCGUAAUUGGCUUUAUCUGCCUCUACAUCGCGCUAGCCGUUACAUUGGGUGUCCUUCAAGCUCUCGAUAUAAAGAGACAAGGGUUAGCAACCACAAUGUCAACGAGACAUUUCUUAUGGACCUAUGGACCCACUGCUAUUCUGGCGAUGGUUGCUACAGGCUGGGGCCAACUGGAGCACAGGACCAAACAGAUGACGCCCUGGGCAAAAUUGAGGAGUGGACCGACACAAGCCUCAAAGGCACUCCUUCUAGACUAUGUCAGCGAGGCUCAGCCCAAUGCUCUUUGGGCUUCCCUCAAGGCCUCCGAUUAUGCCGUCGCCCUUGCAAUCACAGGCUCACUGCUGCUAAAACUGCUGACAGUUUUAUCCACCGGCCUCUUAACGUUGCAACUGGAAAGUCGCCAACACAACCACAUUCCUUUGGUAGCUUUGGACCACUUCGAUGCCAGCGUGUUCAACACAUCGCUCAUCGAUGCUACACCUGCUUUGUCUGUGGUGGCAUUCAAAAGCCUUAACAUGUCUUACCCACCGGGCACGUCGGACAGCUACGCAAUUCCCACGCUUGAGAUGCGUGAUCAUCGUAUAGAAUGGGGCAACAUUACCAUCAAAACCACAAUCGAUACCUUCCACGCCGAUCUGACCUGCGAACCCGCCAAUAUGACAACCCACAAUGUUUCGUGUACAUCCUCGGGAUGUGAGCUGGUGCACAUGGAUAUUUCGGUCGAGUCUGCCUCCUGUAAAUUCAAAAAGUUUACUUGGCCAAACAGAUUCUCCUUCAGCUGGCGGAAUACGGUUUUUGGUUCCGCAUUCGCCGCCUCCGCGCAAUGUUCCAACGAAGAGUCGAAUCGUUUCGUUUUGGCCACAGGAUUACUAGAUCUGGGCUCUGACAUCAAAAACAUAACCGCCCGCGUGGAGAACAGCACUGUCUUGGUGUGCGAGCCUCACUACAUCAUCAAACCUGCCGACAUUACUAUCGACAGCAAUGGGGCUUUGCUCGAUGUUUCUUUGCAUGACCAAGUCGCUCCUAAUAAAACGCUUCCAUUACUGUCAGAGUGGGACCUUCUUGAAGGCGUCAUUUCCUCCUUGAGUGAGGCAUAUUCGUCUCUAUCUCUUAUGCCUUCUAACCAGAAACCACUCGUCCUAGCUGCCAAAAGCACGCCAUCCAUUGCUUCGUUCAGCAGCUUCUUUACUCUCAUGGGAGCCGUAACAAGAAUAAGCAAUGAUACCUUCACUGAUUACAAUUUCCUGGAAAGAGAAUCGAGACGAUUGUACAGCCUUGUGGCUGCACAAAUCGCCAAAAGCAACAUCAUGACACCUGAAAAAGAAAACCACGAAGGGACAUGUCAUGUCACUGAACAACGUCUCCGCAUCCGUGGCUUGUCAUUAUACUUUAUGCAAGCCACUUUAGGAGUUCUUACCAUUACAACGGCCUGCCUAUACUCCCUGGUCCCCCGGGCAGUAACUAGCGGAGACCCCGGGACGAUCGGUGGUCUGGCCGCGAUAAUGGCUCGGAGCCGCGAUCUGUCUGCCAUACUGUCAUCAGCAGGGGCAUUGAAACUGGAAAGCCUGCGGUCAUUACUCUCCAACUACAAAUGCGAAACUGUUGUCGGGUACCAUGCCAACGUCGCUCAAUUCAGCAUAGAGGUUCAGGAAAAGAUGGAUAAUACGGAUAUCGAACCGAAAAAAACAACCGAGGAAACAGACCAGAAAGGCCAUUGGUGGCAUCCUUUCUCCGCUAAUAUCAUCACGAAGUCAAUUAUUGCUGCCUUGCUGCUACUUUUGGUGCUACCUUUGGAGCUGAUUUACCAAAAAUCCAGGCAUUCAGGCGGUCUGGCUGAUGUAGACCAAGAGAGCUAUAUCCGCUAUACUUGGGCUUACGUCCCAGCAGCUGUCAUGAUAGCCAUGCAGCUACUCGCAGGCAUGAUCGGAUUUACUGCUAGGAUCUUCUCGCCUUACUACUAUCUGAGGAUGGAGCCUUCCGUGGCGCACAAAGCAAUUUUGAGCGACCAAGUUUCCAGGAUGACUAUACAUUCCUUGUGUAGUUCUAUCAAGGAUAGACACUAUGCUAUCACAACAACAGCAUUGUCGAUGCUUCUCAUACCCUUUUUCACAAUUGCAGUAAGCGGACUCUAUGCCGCAAGAGCUGCCCAAAUACCCCAGGACGUCUCUUUUGGCUUCUCCAAUGUCUUCAAUUCCUCUUACGACCCGGAAUACAUCAGCUCUGACAACGGCUCUCUUAUAAUGAAUAUGCUGUUAAAGAAAAACUUAUCCGACCCUCUUUGGACCCACGGCGAACUGGCAUUCCCCAAAAUUAGUUUCGCCACCAAUGAUUCCCUUCCGCCGUUUCCAGUAGCAGAUGGAUCGAACUUCUCGGUUGUCCUUCCUGCACUUCGGGCGAACUUGGACUGCACAUUCAUUUCUGGGAACCAACUAGGGAUAGAAAAAAGCAAGAUCUCGGAAUACCGAUGGAUAACUUUCCCUAACACAACGAAAUGUGGGGACGCUCUGUCAACGGGAUGGGAGUACGAUGGAAAACCAUUUGGGACUCUUCAAGUGGCAGUGCCCCUCGAGAUGUCUGUGUUGACGCCUCCGGCAAACUGUCCUCGCGUGGCUGUCACUUAUGGAACGUCGCCAGACUCUGCCGGCAUCAAUGGCAUGACAUGCCUUUCUUCGAUCCAGGAAUUACAGGUCAACACUACUUUCUUGUACCCUUCUUAUCAGAUUGUGGAGGCAGAGCCUUUCGAGAACACCACCAAGGUCUUCAGCGAUGGCGCACUUUCGCUUGUGAGAAUGAACAGCACUCUUCCCUAUACCUAUCGGACCAAUGACACUUUCGAUGCCACUUUCCAAACUAUUCUCUCAAGAAGCAAUGUCUCCAUAGAAGGUCGCAUGGGAGAAAGCGCCUUCCCGGCGCUUGUUGAAGACAUCCAACACCUUUACCGGAUGAGCUUCGCCCAGAUCAUGAACCAAGUCGGAAGAAUGCCUGCUCCCUCGGGUAUGGAAGCUCUGAAUGGCACAAUCAUCAAUGCGAACCGUCUUCGGAUGAUGCAGACCUUUUGGUCUACACGAAUCUUGCAAUUCCUCCUCGCCUUAACCGCAAUUUGCGUGGCCAUUUCAGCUUACCUUAUGGAUACCCGCGAGACUUUGCCCAAAAACCCGUGUAGCAUUGCGGCUGCAGCUAGUCUGCUUGCGAGCUCGGAGAUGCUGAAGGAAGGCGUUAUACCGAGGGGCUCGGAGUGGUGCACUGAUAAGGAGAUGGAGCAAAAAGGAAUUUUCCAGAGCUAUUUAUUUAGUCUGGGUUGGUGGGGCGAAAAAGGUACGCCAGAGAGGAGGUUUGGUAUUGAUAUCGGAAGGGCAGAGUGGUCGAAAUAA